AUGUCCAAGCAUCAUCCCGAUCUUGUUCUCUGCCGCAAGCUGCCCGGCAUCGCAAUCGGCAGGCUCUGCGAAAAGGAUGACGGCAAAUGCCCGAUCUGCGACUCGUAUGUGCGUCCCGCUGCGCUAGUGCGCAUCUGCGAGGAAUGCAAUUUCGGCUCUUCCGGUGGCAAAUGCAUCAUCUGCGGAGGUCAAGGCGUCUCGGACGCAUACUACUGCGCAGAGUGCACACGACUCGAAAAGGAUCGCGACGGCUGUCCCAAGGUGGUCAACCUCGGCGCGAGCAGGACCGACCUCGCCUACCUGCGCAAAGCAAGACAGCAACAGCAGCAGUAG